AUGGCCCCUGGACACACGGGCAAGCGAGCACGGGUCGUGUGCGUUCGAUGCCACGAGAAGAAGAUUCGCUGCGAUUUGCAGCUUGCGCGUGAUGGUUCCCUUCCUCGACAUUGCAGCCACUGCGUCUCGGCCGAUGCGGAGUGUACCUUUCGGCCCUCGAACAAAGGCCGUAGGUCCAGGAAACGGGAAGGCAUUGCGGUCAGAGCGGUUGAACUAUACCAGAAGAAUGGCGACGAAGGCAAUGCCCUUCGAGAAUCAUCUGUGCCUCGCGAUGGAAACCAUGCUACAGCGGUCGACAGGAGUAAACAUCAUGUGGCGACCACCCAAAGAACUUCAAUGUCUCGACUUGAUGACAUCGACGAUAUCCCUCCCAUGCUCCAGCAAAGCAAUCUCGAGACGUACUGGGAGUUCAUCUACCCGUGGUGCCCAGUCAUUGAUCCCGGCCCAGAAGCCGCUUCAGAGCCGAUCCUCAAACAUGCGAUAGCCAUGUUAGCCGGAAGUGUGAAUACACCGUUGAUACCUCAUGCCAAGCCAAGAGACCACUACCGACGCGCCAGGAACUUGUUUCAUGCCGAAGGAACAGAUGCUCUCACACGCGUGCAGGUGGCUCUCCUACUCUCCUGUUCAAGUGCAGGACCACCCAAUGUCGGUAGUACUGGAAGUCCAUUUUGGUGGAUUGGCGUUGCCAUACGCCUGGCGCAGGAUAUCGGUUUGCAUCGUGAGCCUCCAUCAGGAGUAUCAAAAGAAGUAGCUGGCUUGAGACGGCGGAUCUGGUGGACUCUCUACGCCCGGGAAAGGAUUAUUGCUAUCUGCCAGGGCCAGCCAUGCAUCAUCGACGAAGACUACACUGAUAUCGAGCCUCCUCUAGAGGAUGACUUCCCCCCUGCCUGCGCCUCUUAUGCAUUUGCCUUCACUAGAUGGGUCCACCUUUGCGACACUAUCGGCUUCGUCAACAAGCAAAUGUUCCUCUCGCACCGCACCGGUCGGAGCCUCCCAACUCACGACAUUGCCAACCGGCUAACUCACUGGCUUCGAAGUAUUUCUCCAGCCUUGCAGCUUCCCAUCUCCGAGAAUCGCACAACAUCUUUCGAUCGACAUGUCCACUUCCUGUACCUUCCUUACCUCGCGACGAUUUCGCUGGUGUAUUUGAACACCUCUCAACGGAUCCCAGAAGCGUGUGCCGCUGCUGUUAUUGCAGCGGCGUGUACCACACGCAUAUUUGAAGACUUCCUCGCUAGAGGUUGUGUUCGUUUCCUUUUAGGGCUGGGCGAUUGGUACAUCGCCAUCGCUGCCCUCUCCCUAAGACCGCUGCGGUCACUGGACUUUCUAUCUACACACGCCAUGGCACAGAUUCGCCUUCUAUCUAUUGCUCUGAAACAGCUUGUCCCAACCUCAUGUUCAGCAAAGCUUAUAGACGCAGGCUUGGACCGACUUAUGAGCAAAGAGAGAUUUGAGCACGCUCUGCGGACGCCCCUUCAGGGGCACGAUCAUGCGGCAAAUCCAGCACGAGGUCAGCCGUCAACCCUGGACGAUCUUUGUGCCGGAGAUGGAGUCCCUUGGCCAGAGUUCUUCCCUUUCGUCUCUGUCGAGACGAGUCCUCUGCUCAAGGCGAUUUUGACGGAGUGUCAGCACACAUUCCCGGAGUUAUGGCCGGAGGUGGACCUGAACCAAUUCAGUGACUUUCUCGAGGAGUUCAAUGAUGGCUCUGGCGAUUGGUCGUCCUCUGGAGUACUUACUUGA